CUCUCCACCUUUUCUCUUUCUUUUAACUUUGCUUUUUUCUCUCCAACCUCUCUUUGAUCCUUAGGGUUUGCCUUUUGGAGACAAAUGAUGAAGCCUAUGGAUCCUCAUUCAUUGCUAAACAUCAACUACAACAACGUCAACCAAAUCUGAGAGGUAACAGAAAACGAACUUCAAAUUUUGUGGAAUUUUCGAAAUAAUAUUCGACAGAGGAGUAAAAACCAGGAUUUUGGCGGUUUUUUCGUACGGCGGCGAAGGAGUAUGAGCGCCUCAAGAUUCAUAAAAUGUGUCACCGUCGGCGAUGGCGCCGUCGGAAAGACUUGCCUGCUGAUUUCAUACACCAGCAAUACUUUUCCUACAGAUUAUGUCCCAACUGUUUUCGACAAUUUCAGUGCAAAUGUUGUUGUGGAUGGCAAUACGGUCAACAUAGGUUUAUGGGAUACUGCCGGUCAGGAGGAUUACAAUAGAUUAAGACCACUGAGCUAUCGCGGGGCUGAUGUCUUUAUUCUUGCAUUUUCUCUCAUCAGCAAGGCCAGUUAUGAAAACAUCGCCAAGAAGUGGAUUCCUGAAUUAAAGCAUUACGCACCUGGUAUUCCAAUAAUACUCGUUGGAACUAAGCUUGAUCUUCGGGAUGAUGAGCAAUUCUUAGCAGACCAUCCGGCUGCAGUACCUAUAGCCACGUCUCAGGGAGAGGAAUUAAGGAAACAGAUAGAGUCCCCUGCCUACAUCGAAUGUAGUGCAAAAACACAACAGAAUGUGAAGUCAGUCUUUGAUGCGGCGAUUAAGGUAGUGCUCCAGCCUCCCAAAAAAGUUAAGAAAAAAUCAUAUGGUGGUUGCUCGGUAUUAUGAUCAAUAGAACUUUAAAGUCUUACAGAGAUGGAGGACCUGUCAGCUUCUUUUUACUGUCAAAUUUUUUUAAUAUUUUUUUUGGUAUAAUUCAAGGAAGCAGUAAGCCCAUCAUGUAUAGUCUCAAACUGAAAAUCCAGGUAUUUCUUUGAAAGCAUUAUCAGGUGGUAUGUUUCGUGUUUUAGUUAUUUUUUAAUGGUUCAUAUGUAAUUGACGAUAAGCAUUUCAUUUUAUGAAGUAAAACUGCACUCAUGUAUUUACCAGAUGUGAAG